CCGUCAACAACUCUCACCAUGAUAACCAUAAUACCCCCGCGAUGCCUUUCGAUGGAGUGCGGUUGACCUCUUAAUCUCUAAUACUCUGUCACACUACCGUCAUGAUUGAAAACACGGUUCCCAAGUACCUGCUGAUCAGGACGUGCAUUCUUGGAUUUCGCGCCAUCACGCCCUUCAGCAUUUUCUGGGUCUCUUUCAGCAUCGCAGAGCCCCCACAUACGGCCUUUCGUCGCUUUCUCCUCGCGUGGAGCAUCAUAGAGACUGCCUUCUGGCUGCUCGUCUACCUACCCCGCAAGCGCGCGCUUCAAGCCUCUGCGCAGCACCCGCCGCCCCUCGAGAAGGAGGAGAGGAAGGAACUCUUCUGGCGAUGCUGGGAUAAGAUCCCUCACCCCGAGUACUACGUCAGCAGAUGGUUUCUGGGCGCGAGACCAGGCGAAAUACGACGCGAGAAUGUGCGCGAGUUCUUUGCGUGGGCGCUGCUGAACCGCGGCACUGAGAGCGACGAAGAGCGGAGGAAGAGGCGACAGGCGCACCCAGCGGAAACCAAUGCUGAGGACGACGAGCUGAACGAGUAUGCGGAUGGCAUAGAGACGAUGCUUGAGAGGAAGUUGGCGCCUGGCAUGGGCAGCGCAAAGAGCUUGCGCUUGACUAUCGACCAAGUCAACAUGGCGCAUCGGCCGUUUGUGUGGUACAUGAUCGUGAUGCUAGUCGAUACCCUCACCGCCGCUCGUCUGCGCUACUACGGCUUCCUGCUGUUUCGCACCCACCUUCGUUCCUCGCUGGCUAUCUUCCCACCGCGACUCGCCAACCUCACUACGCGCAACAUCUCAUCCGCGCCUGGUCUGAGUUACUGGUACAGACCACACACCUCGAGGACGCGACUACCGAUCCUCUUCGUACACGGCAUCGGCAUCGGCCUGCACCCAUAUGUCGAGUUCUUCAACGAGAUAAACAAGCAUGAUCCGCUUGCCGCACAAGAUGGUCAGGUCGGCAUUAUUGCUGUGGAAAUCAUGCCUGUCAGCUUCCGCAUCACUGGGGCGAUUCCAGACAAAGACAACAUCUGUCGCCAGAUCAACAUGAUUCUGGAACGCCAUGCUUUCGACAAAGUUGUACUCGCAAGUCACUCUUACGGCUCCGUCAUCUCUACCUACCUUCUUCGGGACCCCAUCACCGCUGCCAAAAUCGGCCCGAUGGUCUUCAUCGACCCUGUUACAUUCCUGUUACAUCUUCCGGAUGUGGCGUACAACUUUACAGCGCGUCGACCUAGAGGCGCGAACGAGCACCAGCUCUAUUACUUCGCCUCGACCGACAUGAUGGUUGCGCAGACCCUGGCGCGCCAGUUCUUCUGGGCACAAAACAUACUGUGGAAGGAGGAUCUCAAAGACCGGGACGUAACUGUCAGCCUCGGAGGCAGGGAUCUGAUAGUGGACACCGAGACGAUUGGGAAGUACCUAAAUGGUGCUGACCUCAAGGGCGAGGACAGAUCCUGGAAGGACUCGGAGUGGAGAGGCCACGGCACAGAGACGAUUUGGUGGCCUACUGCAGACCACGCACAGGUGUUUGAGAGGCAGGACGGUAGGACGAGAUUAGUGCAUGUCCUGAGAGAGUACGUGAAGCGUAAAGCGGAGGAGGAAGAGGUACAAGAGUUUCCCGGGCAAUAAUGCAUAUCCUUGUACCUGCAUUCAGGGUCUUGCCGCUUUGUCGCAUUAUCCAGGUAGAUCAACGUCAGCUUCGUCGGUAGUUUAAUCUACGUUUUGUCGAUGCAGUCUACGGGAAGCCGUAAUUCAUUUUGCGGGGGUCCGUCCGGAC